GUUGAGCUGCUCACACGGCGUCUCCUGAACAGAACACACCUCGUCAAUGGUAAUAAACAUCUCACGAUAUUAUUAAGAUAAAUAAUUUUGUUGAAAUAUAUUCUCUGAGCCACAGUGAGAAACUACUUUGGGUGCAUCCUCGGGUCAUGGCGAGCGCAGCUCCCGCUGAGAACGUGGACCGCGAGUUGACCUGCUCCAUCUGCCUGGACACGUUUGACUGCCCCUCCACGCUGACCUGCGGCCACUCGUUCUGCCUCCAGUGCCUGGAGCACGCCUGGAAGGAGACAGACUCCUACUGCUGCCCGCAGUGCCGCAAGACCUUCCCUCGACGACCCCAGUUGACCAGGAACGUGACGAUCGCCAACCUCAUAGAGCAGCUGCGAGUGACUGAGACCAUAGCUGCUGCUGCUGAUGGUUUUGUUUUCUGUGACAACUGCCAAAAAGGCAAGACGCUUGCAGUGAAGACCUGCCUCAGGUGUGAGACGUCCUUCUGCAGGGAACACCUCGUGCCUCACCUGGAAAAUACAAAGUUUAAAGAUCACGUCCUGGUUUCAUCAGAUGUGAACCCUGAAGAACGCAAGUGCAAGAGGCACAACGAGGAGCUCAAGUUCUACUGCAAGCAAGACCUCAGCCUGGUGUGCAGGGACUGCACCAUUGCAGGAGACCACACGGGUCAUAAGUUCAUCACACUGGAGGAUGAGCAUCAGACACGGAAGAGAGGAGUCGGAGAGGAGACGCGAGUGGUGGAGGAGAAGAGGAAGAAGGUGGAGGCGUCCGUGGGACGGAUAAAAGUCGCUCGCAAGGACGUGCAGGAUUCCAUGGUCCAGACCAAGGCUCGCAUCUCAGGCGAGUUCACCCGUAUGAGGGCGACGCUGGAUGAAGAUGAGAGGGCAGCUCUGGAUCGCGUGGACGUGAAGGGGCAUGAGCUGCUGUCCCAGAUCAAGGAGAACAUCGCUCAUUACGAGCGCGAGAUUAGUGACCUCCAGGCAGCAGCCACGCGCCUGCGCGCUCUGCAGGAGGAGAGGGACUCGCUCACGUUCCUGCAGGUUCACCUAAAGGAGACAAACCGGAGAGACACUCAGAAGGGAUCUCCACCGUCAUCUCCCAGUGAAAAAGACAUUGCCUCGAUCAGAGUCCUGCAGGGAGCUGUGAUCAACCUGCUGGCAUUCAUGUAUGGACGCUCACCGACUGUGGAUCCAAACUCGGCCCACAACCUCCUCCAGAUUUCCUCGGACCUCAGAACGGUGACGCGGACCGCUGUCUACCAGGGUCGCCCCAAUCACCCACACCGCUUUGAUGCCUGUGCACAAGCCCUGUGCUCAGAGAGCUUCUCGUCGGGUCAGUACUACUGGGAGGUGGACGUGGGGGGUGCUGCGGGGAUCUGUGCGGUUGGAGUCGCGUACGGGACGAUCGCACGGAAAGGGAGUGGUAAACAGUGCAGCCUGGGAAGGAACGACUCAUCCUGGAUUUUAUAUAAAGUUAACAACAGCUGCAUACUGCGUCAUGGUGAUGUCUGGACCUCAGUGCCGGUGAGGGAUUCUCCUCGGAGAGUCGGGUGUCACCUGCACUGGGAGGCGGGGCUGCUGUCGUUUUAUCGCGCCGACUCCAUUGAGCUGCUGCACUCCGUCCACCACUCGUUUAGUCAACCGCACUACCCCGCACUGAGUUUGUAUGGUGAUGGUGACUCAGUGAGGAUUCUGGAUCUUAGUCGUGUGUCUUGAGAGCACGGAGUGUGAGCAGCGCAGAGAAACGGGCACAACGCACAGACUCACGCACACCGUACCAGGAACUCUUUUUUCAGGCUGAGUCGACCUAGGGGAGGCCCAUGACCGGUUCACCAACACCAGUGACGAUUAUCAGAAUCGGUCCAGGAUCUCCCCUAGGUCGACUGAGCCUCAAAUGAGUACCUGCUUCGACCUGCAAACAUCGCCAC